AUGAAGGAGACUUCGUCGGACAAUCGGUUGGGAGGGUCUGGUCGAGGUAAAUCGCAAUGGUACUUUGGUGUAAACGGGACGAAGGAAACAAAGGAUCGCUAUAGAGAAGCAGUUCGGAUGAAGGUCGAGAAAUGCAAUUGGCGAAAUGAGAAACCGAAUAAUGAUCCGCUCGCUUGGGCAGACACUGGGAAAAUAGCUCGAAACAAGACGCAAGGUGAAGGCUCGCACGGUGAGGAAAAGCUCGCAAAGAUCAGUGAAGGAAAAGCACGGACGGGAAAACGUGACGUCUGGAAGGAUGCGACAAGGAUGAAAAAUGAGGAAGGGAAGCAAAUCGGGGGAGGGACGCAGAGACGGUAG